AUGGCGUCUGUGAGUUCCUCGGCUCGAGCUGAGGUGGUCGCCACUGCGAAGAGUUUGCUGCUGAAAUGCCAGCAGGCAGUCUCUGUGGAGGAUUUGCUCUCCAGUCUGGAAGCCUUCUUUUUGCUUCUCAAGCGAGAGAGCCAGGGAAAGGGCGAUCUGCGCUUUCUGCUGCGUUCUACAAGUGCCGGCGGCGCCGAGCGACGGGCAGGUCAGAAUGACAAAUUCACUUUGUGGCUGUUGCAGGCGUUCGAGCAGUUUCAGAAGAUUCUCGACAACCUUUUGACUCGCGGAGACGCAGACAGGCGCGCAGACGCAGAGGACGACAGCGACGAGCUGCAAGCGGUCGCGCUGCGCUUCUACAUGCGCCUCUUGCUGCAUGAGCACUCUCUCGCGCUUGCGCAUGCGGGCAGCGUCAGCCGGUGCGAAAAGAUCACUUUUCCUCUCGCGAGCUUCCAGCUUCUGGUGUCGCACGUCUUGCACACGCCUCGAUUCUCCCCGAGGCUGUGCGAUGCGUUUCUAAAGGACUACCUCUGUCGAUACACCGACCUCCGCUACAACUUUCUCCUCGCCGCGCGAAAGAUUCUCUCAGCGCAGAGCUUCAGGAAGAAGUCCGCUGCUGACGCUGCGGCUGAGAACCCCGACAGCGCCGCAGAUGCGUCGGAUGAGGCGUGUGGCGCCAGGGAGGGAGACUCAGAGGACGACGAGGCGGCGGAGUGUCAAGCGGGCACAGCGACCCGCGACAAGGCAAGCGGCGACGCCUGGUAUGUAUGGAAACAGGGCAGCUUGGAAGAGCUCGGGCGCCGACUCUAUCCGCUUCUGGUGCGGUUGCCGGCUCCGGAGAAGCGGAAGGAGAAGCAGCGCUCGGCUGCGUCGCCGUCGCCCUCCGCCGCCGCCGACGCGGACCACUUGGAUUUCCCCGACGACGACGCAGACAUGCUGGCGACCCUUUCAAGGCAGGCCGCACCUUCGGCACCGGCUUGCGUGUGUUUUCUGUCGAAUGUGAAGACGGCCAAGAGCGGGGAUCCAAGUGCCUACCGCGCGUUGUAUCAAGAAGUCUGGCUGUCAUACCUUCGCAACCUGCCGCGGGAUGCAGCCAUGACGCAAAGCAUUCUGCAUGCGGUACCGAAAGUCCUCCUCCCGUAUAUGUCGAAUCCGCUUCUCCUCUCGGACUUUUUCUUGGAUUCGUUCCACACGAAGGAUGCGACGAAGCCUGUCGCCGUCCUCGCGCUCUCCGGCUUGUUUUUCCUCCUCGCGAAGCACCGCCUGGGCGAUCCCGACGCACUCUUCUCUUCGGCGUCUCCCUCAGAGGCAGAUCGGCGGCCUGAUGCCGCAGACGAAAGCUUGGAGGCGGCGCCUGGCGCGCCGUCGUCGCAAAGGGUCUGCUUCCAUUUCUACCAGCGACUGUAUCAACUCGUGACACCUGCGUCUUUCGCAGUCUGCAAGAAUGCGCGCUUUCUGCGGCUGCUGAGUUGCGCGCUGCGCAGCUCGCUGCUGCCCAACAGCCUCGUGGCGGCCUUCAUCAAAAAGUGCGCGCGAGUUGCCUGCCUGGUCGCGCCGGCGAGUGCGCUCUACUUGGUUGCGCUGGUCUGCUCGCUUCUCAAGAAACACAGUUCCGUGUGUAUCUCCCUGCUGGACGUACACCCCAGGCUCGCCGCACAGCUCGUCGUAGACGGCGACGCGUUUGACUUUGACAACCUCUCGCUGCGCGACUGCGCGAACUCUGCAUCUUGCGGCAUUCGGCAGCGCGCUGACGCCGCCGCAGCGCCUGCGGAGGAAGCUAAGGACGCGCAGGACGCGGAUCCGAUGGCCGCGCUGCUGCGCCGGUGUCUGCCGAGACACCUGGCGCUGGAUAAGAAAGGCGUUCUGUCGUGCGUGAAGCACCAGGCGCAGAUGUCCCUCUGGGAGCUGGACUUCCUCAAGGCACAUUUUUUCCACGCAGUGCGGCAGCUGUCUUGCAUGAUGGAGUGCGACCCGACCAAGAAGUCCGCGGGAAAGGAGAGCGCGAUCGACAUCGAAGACUACCUCCACCUGAACCUCCGCACGCUUCUCGGGAGAGAGCUCAAGGCCGCCGCGAAGGCCAAAACGGUUUCCACUGUGUUCAAGACAGACGAGCGUCGCGAGGAAGACAUCGAAAACCUAGCCAACGUAGCGGUAGCGUGCGCGCGAAAGAGAAGAAAGCUCAAGUAA